AAUGGUGUUACUUUUCUUAAAGGUUGCAAUGUUAUACUUCCCAUUCAAUACCUACACUACUCACCAGAAUAUUGGGAUCAGCCAUAUGCAUUUAAACCAAGCAGGUUUAGUCCAGAAGGCAAGGAGGGUAGGAAUCCUUUGUCUCAUAUUCCAUUUGGUUGGGGACCAAGGAGUUGUAUUGGUAUGAGGUUUGCACUAAUGGAGGCUAAAGCAUGUUUAGUAAGUAUAUUGAGGAAGUAUAGGUUUGAAAGAUCACCUGAUACUCAGGUGCCACUAAAGUUCAAGUUGGGCAUUUUGCAUUUACCAGUGAAUGGAAUUUUUCUAAAAGUUAAAGACAAAUAGAUGACUUUUUAAAGUUUUUUUAUAUGCCUGA